AUGCCUAUCCCCGUCCCCAAAGCCGACAGCCUCAAGGAUCUCCUUAGCCUAAGGGGCAAGGUCGUCAUUGUGACUGGCGCCUCAGGAGCCCGCGGUAUGGGUAUCGAAGCAGCCCGUGGUUGCGCCGAGAUGGGCGCCGAUCUAGCCAUCACUUACUCCUCUCGACCAGAGGGCGGCGAGAAGAAUGCCAAAGAACUCUCCGAAACUUACGGUGUAAAGGUCAAAGCCUACAAGUGCGACGUCGGAAACUGGGAGAGCGUUCAGAAGCUCGUCAACGAUACCAUCAAGGAAUUCGGGAAGAUCGAUGCCUUCAUUGCCAACGCCGGCCGCACCGCCAACAGUGGUGUUCUCGACGGUUCCGUCCAAGACUGGGAAGAAGUCAUCCAGACCGACUUAAACGGUACCUUCCACUGCGCUAAGGCUGUCGGCGCUCACUUCAAGGAGCGCGGGACUGGUAGCUUCGUCAUUACCUCCUCGAUGUCUGGCCACAUCGCCAACUUCCCUCAAGAACAAACCUCUUACAACGUUGCUAAGGCCGGUUGCAUCCACAUGGCUCGCUCUCUCGCUAACGAGUGGCGUGACUUUGCUCGUGUCAACAGCAUUUCUCCUGGUUAUAUCGACACAGGUCUGUCGGACUUUGUCGAGCAAAAGACCCAGGAUCUUUGGAACUCGAUGAUUCCUAUGGGUCGUAAUGGACAGGCUAAGGAACUGAAGGGUGCCUAUGUCUACCUGGUCAGCGAUGCUAGCACCUACAUGACUGGCAAUGAUCUCAUCAUUGAUGGCGGUUACUGUGUGCGGUAA